UAUGUCUCUGCAUUCAUUCACUCUGUGAAAUUAUACUGGUUAUAUUCUAAAUAUUAAUUGAUAUGUCUCUGCAUUCAUUCACUCUGUGAAAUUAUACUGGUUAUAUUCUAAAUAUUAAUUGAUAUGUCUCUGCAUUCAUUCACUCUGUGAAAUUAUACUGGUUAUAUUCUAAAUAUUAAUUGAUAUGUCUCUGCAUUCAUUCACUCUGUGAAAUUAUACUGCUUAAUUUCUAAAUGAGUCUCACGAAGCCUCCUUCUACAUUAGCAUCGUUACUGCUAUUUCUGCCUGAAGAUAUGCAGACUUGAGUGGGGUGUAAGACAAACACAGGAAAACUAAUGUCAGUAUCCACGUGUUGAUAAGGUUGUUGUUCUUGAUAAGUAUUGGUUUGUUUCUGUUGCUCCAUCAACGAUUUCAGUUCCAUCUCAGACACAACUUGGCACACCUUUAGUCUAGUUUCCGCAAUUAGUUGUUGAGAAAAUUGCUUUCACUAAAUCAAUCAUUUAUUCAUUAUGUUCUGCAGUGAAACCCUUUGCCUCCAUUAUAAAACGCACGCGUGAUCACGGCGGCCAGGCAACUGCUGCGCGAUACGCAUGCGCGACACGCAGUCGCCGGAACGGGGAACCCCGCUUGCGCGUCCUUGAAAACCAGCCCCGUAUCAACGCACAGACUCGAGUGCUGCGUGGUCACACAGUGACGCAUCACGCACCACGCAUCGCGAAUGCGCAAUCCAAAGAAAACGGAGCUACAUACCUGUAUCCUGCAGUGCGCGUGAAUGUGGUUCCGUGGGAUAGCGGAUGUAAUUCAGAGUGCCAGUUCCUACUAUUGGUUUUAAAGGUUUGUUCAGGGAUUUGUCAAGCAUUUAUAUUUACAUUCGAUAUAGUUGGUCUUCUGGAGAAACUUGAUGUAAUCAGUUACAAAGCUGCAUGUAAGAGUAGUUACAGUUACAACAGAUGGAAGAGAAACGGGACAAGAGAAUAGGCAAAUCAGGCCAUUUAUGGCUCAGUGCUCGACGAAAGAAAAGAAAAGCAACGGCUGCUAUCGCAUACCAGCAAGAGAGAAAAAAAAGAAGACUUGAAGAAAUCUCCACAUUUCCAGAGGAGGUAACGUGGACGCUAACGAGUUCGGGAAACGAGAACGAUGAUUCGUCAGCACCUGGUACAAGUCAGACAGAAAGCGGAAUUUUCAACUUGAUAACUCAAAAAGAGCUAAUGCAUGAAGCUGCUGCUAGCCAGCAUACAGAAGAGAAUCUUGGUCAACAUAAUCAUGCAGAUUUGGAACACGAAUGUGACGUUUCCGAAGAUGAAGUACUUUCUACAAAGCUGAAAACUAUGAGUAAAAACAUACCUGAAGUAGAAGAGGUACUACAGGAAGAUGGGAUACACACGAAGACAUACGCAGUACUGAAACAGCUGUCUCCAAUAUUUGUGAACUCUUUGGAAGCUCAGGAUUAUGAAACCAACACAGAAAAUUUGCACUCUCUGGACCACCUAUCCGUGACUUCAAUCACUUCACAUGGACAGGUAUCCAAUACUGACAGCGAUGAGCUGGGCUAUUUAAGAGAAUCUGCCUGUAACUAUGAAGAAGAUUCCAACAUAAAAUCCUCUGAUAAAACAGAAAUGUGCCCGACCACUACAACAGAAACUGACUUUGUGCUUGAAGGACAUCGUAUUGUGGACAUCGGUUACGUAUUGAUGAAGCUGGUAGAGCUGGGGAAUCAUAAUGCUGCUUUUGGUUGUUCACUAAAUAAUAUGAAGGUCUUCAAAGAAAUACGGCGUGGAUUGUCAUCUGUUGUACUCUUUAGAUGUAACAUGUGCAAUGGGCAAUUUUCAUUACAUACACAUGAUCCAGGCACUUCCUCAACUCACAUGGAUAUCAAUGCAAGAGCUGUGGCUGGAGUAAUGAGUAUUGGCGGUGGAUUUUCUCAUUUGGAAGAAUUAUGUGCUACAGUAGGAAUACCAUGCAUGUCUUCUAAAACUUACUCCAAAGUUCACAACAACGUAUCUAACGGGUGGGAAAAAGCUGCCUUAGGAGAAAUGAGAAAAGCAGUUGAGGAAGAAAUAAACCUGGCAAUCAAACGAGGAGAUGUUGAUGAAAAUGGCAUUCCUCUUUUAACUGUAGUGGUAGAUGGUUGUUGGUCAAAAAGGUCGUACAGAACACAAUACAAUGCUUUAUCCGGUGUAGCAGCAAUUGUAGGAUUUUUUACAAAGAAAGUUCUUUUUAUGGCAGUACGUAAUAAAUUUUGUUUUGUAUGUGCUCGAGCACAAAAUGCAAAUGACAUACCUUCUCACACAUGCUACCGAAAUUGGACUGGUAGUUCAAGCAGCAUGGAGUCCAGCAUCAUUGUAGAAGGAUUCAAAUUAAGUGAACCUAUAUACAAUGUUAAAUAUAGUAAAAUGAUUGCAGAUGGUGAUAGCAGCUGCUAUAAAAAAAUUUUGGAAGCAAGGCCAUACCAAAAUACGACCGUCGAAAAGAUCGAGUGUCGUAAUCACCUUUUGCGAAACUAUUGCAACAAGCUUAGAACACUAUCAGAGCAAACUAAGAUAGGCCCUCCAUUUCUGAGAAAAAUCAUUAGUCAGAAAGUUUUGAAGCUACGGGGAGCGGUAACUGAAGCCAUUAAGCACAGAAAAAAAGAAGACAAACCAAUUGCACAAAAAGUCUUUGCUCUUCGAGAAGAUAUUUUGAAUGGCCCCAGUCAUGUUUUCGGUGAGCACGAGAAAUGCUCAUCUCUUCAAUACUUUUGCCCUGGACCAAAAGUAGGAGAGAAAAACUUAGUUCCUGAGAUGAAGAAUUGUGGCCUGUACGAUAACAUAAUGAAAGCAGUGCAUUAUUUGACUCAACAUUCAAGAAGCCUGAUCUAUGAUGUCGAUAGUAACGCAGUGGAACAACUAAAUUCCAUAAUUGCAAAAUAUGUUGGAGGAAAGAGGAUCAAUUAUGCUAUGAAGCGGUCGUAUCAAGCAAGAUGCUCUGCUGCAGUCGUUUCGCAUAACACGCGAAAACCUCACUACGUCCUUCACAAAACGAUGUGUGAUGGUAUCAGCCCAAAUAAGUUUGUGAAGAAGCUAGAAACUUCCAGAUCAAAAAUAAGAGAAAAUGCAAACAUGAAAAAGAAGCACUUCAAACGAGCUCUUAUUUCUAAUAAACAAACAAAAUCUAAAUACCAGCAAAUUGGAGACAGCGACUAUGGUGAACAUAGUGAAAAAACUGACAUGGCUCCUGAUGUUUACGAGGCGCAAAAAGAACUGCAUUUUAAGUCACUCGAGAAAACAGACAUUGAACGCAGAGAAAUAGAAAGAGGUACCCUGCUUCAGGCAGGAAGUGGCGAAUGGCUAGAACGUAGGCGUAAAAUGCUAACAGCAUCGAAGUUUGGAAGAAUAUUUCCCUGUGCAGUCGCUUCAGCCAACCAGCGACUGAGCUGCAUCUUCAUCACGGGCAUGGGCGGCAAACCCAUGAUCGUGUGA